AUGAAACUCCGCCAGGGACUUCUCACAGGCCCGGAGUUAUUUCAAGAACUUGGCAUAGAAACUGUCACCGCGGCAGCAGCGCCCAUUGGGGCUGGGGCGCUGGGGGUGGCAGCGCUCGGUACAGCAGCUCUGGGGAUGCUCGGCACAGUGGGAGUGUUCCUGGCCUUAGCCCUCGCUUUGGGAAGCACUCUGUCUGUAGAUGUUGUCCACACCGCGCACAGGGGCCAGUCUGUGGAGUUCUCUGCGGAGUAUUCGGUGCAGAUUCCCGGAGAUGCUGAAGUGCGUCAGGGCCGGGGUGGAUGCUGCCGCUGCGUCCCCCGCUCCCUGCGCCUCACCUUCAGCCCAGACUCACUGGAGAAACUUUACCAGAGCUACUUCCGCCGGCAGAGGCAGAAGAGUCUACUUGUGAUGGUGAUGUUUGCCGCGCUCUUCAACAGCUUCAUCAUUAUCAUGUGCGCUGUGGUUUAUACACAAGACAAAGUGGCGAUGAUCGUGGUGGCGGCGGUGGGUUUGGCCGCGGACAUAGUUCUGUACAUCUUGUGUUACUUUCAGAAACUCCCCACAUCUGCAGUUCUACGUGGGGCCGUGCCAUACACCCUGUGGCUUAUGAUCAGUGUGCACGUCCUGUGUUACCUGGGCCUGAACUACCAGGGCGUCCCUCAUGCCAGUAACUCUGUGGGAUGGCAGGCCUUUUUCGUCUUCUCCUCUUUCCUCACGCUCCCGCUGAAGCUGGUGCCGCUGCUGCUGCUGAGCGCCAUCUCCUGUGGGGUACACGUACUGGUGCAAGGGGUCACUGUGACCCAGAGGUACAACGAGCAGCUGCAGGGGCCACUGCUGGUCAGACAGCUUCUGGCUGAUGUGAUGCUGUACCUGUGUGCCGCCACAGUGGGAGUGAUGUCAUACUACAUGGCAGAUAGGAAGUACAGAACAGCUUUUCUGGAGGCACGCCAAUCACUGGAGGUCAAACUCACCCUGGAGGACCAGAGCACUCAGCAGGAGGAGUUAUUAUUAUCUAUUCUGCCCAAACAUAUUGCUGAUGAGAUGCUAACAGGCAUGAAGAACCAGGCCGAUCAGAAGGACGUGCAGCGACAGCAGCAGUUCAACACUAUGUACAUGUAUCGGCAUGAAAAUGUCAGUAUCCUGUUUGCUGAUAUUGUCGGCUUCACUCAGCUGUCCUCUACCUGCAGCGCUCAGGAACUUGUUAAGCUUCUAAAUGAACUGUUUGCUCGCUUUGACAAACUGGCUGAAAUAAACAUGUACAGUACGUUCUUUAGGUAUGUGCGAGAAAAGACUAAAACCGAUGUGGACAUGCGAGUUGGAGUCCACACCGGCACUGUGCUGGGUGGGGUUUUGGGGCAGAAGCGUUGGCAGUUUGAUGUCUGGUCCACUGACGUCACUGUGGCCAAUAAGAUGGAGUCAGGGGGUAUUCCUGGGUGUGAGUAUCUGUUGGAAAAAGGAAUCGAAACUUACCUGGUUGUUGUGCCAAAGGACAGAUCAAAUGGGCUGAAUGGAAACAAACCAACAACACUAUCAAACCAAAAUUCUAACCAGUUGAUUAAUACUACAUCAAGCAAUGGGGCUACAUCAUCCCCACAGGCAACACCAGAAAGGGUCAAAUUUGUUGAGGAGCAAGUGAUUAACAGCCGCCUACAGCAGGAGCUCCUGGAAAGGGAGACACAGCAAAUAAUGAAAGAAAACAAGAUCAACCCUUUGUCAUUGACUUUUAUGGAUGGGAAGCUGGAGGAGCACUAUUCUUCUGAGAAAGAAAAAAGAACUGGGGCGGCUUUUUCCUGCUGUGCCAUAGUGCUUUUCUUCAUCACAGCCAUGCAGGUUUUCAUAGACCCACUAUUGGGUGUAAACUAUAUCACUUUUGCAGUUGGAGAGGUUUUACUGCUUAUCCUCACUGUCUGCUCCCUUGCUGCUGUGUUUCCCCGGAUUUUCUCAGAGAGGCUGGUGUCUUUUUCUUUGUGGAUUGGUCAAACACGCUGGGCCAGGAACACAUGGGCUAUGGCAGCUAUCUUUGUUCUGACCAUGACUGUGAUUGCUGAUAUGCUCAGUUGUGCCCCUCCAUCACUCCAGCUUCUUAACAGCUCUACUGGUUACAUGUUGGAGGACAGAGACUGUGCCAAAAAUCCCAAACACUACAGCUUCAUGGCCGUUAUGUCACUUAUCUCCACGGCGAUGUUAGUGCAGGUCAGUCACGUGAUGAAACUUGGCCUCAUGGUGCUUGUGGUUACAGCUACAGGAGCGGUGAAUAUCUACAGUUGGAACAACCUGUAUGAACUUUAUGACUUGAUGCAGUUUGAAAGUUACAGAAUGUCUAUUGUGCCGACCAAGUACCUCAUGACUAUGAUGAUUAUAGUUAUGAUGAUUGCCUUCUACUUUUUUGCUCGUCACUUAGAGCAUCAGUCAAGGAAGCUGUUCCUGUGGAAAGUUAGUGUUCAUGAGCAGAAAGAAAAAGUUUUUGAAAUGAGACGUUGGAAUGAAGCGCUGGUCACCAACAUGCUGCCAGAGCACGUAGCCAAACACUUCCUUGGCACUAAGAAGAGAGAUGAGGAAUUGUAUAGCCAGUCUUACGAAGAAGUCGGUGUGAUGUUUGCUUCUAUCCCCAACUUUUCCGACUUCUAUACAGAAGAGAGCAUUAACAAUGGAGGCCUUGAGUGCCUUCGGAUUCUCAAUGAGAUCAUUUCAGACUUUGACAGUUUGUUAGACCGAGACGAAUUUCGGUAUAUAACUAAGAUCAAGACCAUAGGAAGCACCUACAUGGCAGCUUCAGGUCUCACUACAGAAAGUAUUUCAAAUGGACAAAGCAAUCUCAAGAUUGAAGAGGCCUCCUUGAUUCAGCGCUGGCAACACCUCGCUGACUUGGCUGAAUUUGCCCUGGCAAUGAAAGUCACACUCAAUAACCUUAACAAACAGUCCUUUAACAACUUCAUGCUUCGAAUAGGCCUCAAUAAAGGUGGAGUGCUGGCUGGUGUGAUUGGGGCACGUAAACCUCACUAUGACAUCUGGGGUAACACAGUGAACGUGGCCAGCAGAAUGGAGUCCACCGGAGUGAUGGGAAACAUCCAGCUCCGUCGGCUGCUAACCACGGCCGCUCUCGGUGAGGAAACUCUGGCCUCCGCUUCCUCCUCCUCCGACUCGGACACCGGUGGAGCGUCGCCGCCCCCGCGGAAGAAGCACCGAGCCUCGGCGGCGGAGGGAGCAGGAGAGCCCGGGGCUUCAGCACUUGUAACAGGCCUCACUGGAGUUGUCUUAGGACUUGCUACCCACUCUCAAGCUACUUCAGCCAUCCACUUUAAUCGAAGUAUUGUCAACAAUCUUAGCAGCAGUAUGCAGGCAAACGGGGCAGGACAAGGACAAGAAUCCGGAGAUCUUUCCUGCCUAAAUACCGCACAAAAUGGGGAGUCUUCGUCUGCUGGCCACUCCAAUGGGCUCCUCUCCAGCACGGACAACGGGAACAGCGUCGGUACAAGCAAUGGGGCUUCCACGGGACCUGGUUUGGGCUCUUUGGCAGGAUCCACGACUUCAAAUACAGAACUUAAAAAGAAGAAACGCUUGACACAGGCGGAGGAAGAUGUCAUUCGAUUAAUAGGGCAACAUCUCCACGGAUUAGGGCUAAAUCAGACAGUGGACCUGCUGAUGCAGGAGUCAGGCUGCAGGCUCGAACAUCCUUCUGCUACUAAAUUCCGCAAUCAUGUCAUGGAGGGGGAGUGGGACAAGGCUGAGAAUGAUCUCAAUGAAUUGCGAGCACUGAUGCAUUCUCCAAACGCUAUUGUGCGGAUGAAGUUCUUGUUGCUGCAGCAGAAAUACCUGGAGUAUCUUGAAGAUGGUAAAGUCCUUGAGGCUCUUCAGGUGCUCAGAGGAGAGCUGACACCGCUCAAAUACAACACAGACCGCAUCCACGUACUCAGCGGGUACCUCAUGUGUAGUCAUGCAGAAGAUCUGAGGGCAAAGGCUGAAUGGGAGGGUAAAGGGAUUGCCUCACGUUCUCGACUUCUGGACAAAUUACAAACAUACCUUCCACCUUCUGUAAUGCUGCCUCCCCGGAGGCUUCAAACGCUUCUGAAGCAGGCAGUAGAGCUCCAGAGAGACCGGUGUCUCUACCACAACACCAAGCUGGACAACAGUCUGGACUCGGUGUCUCUCCUUCUAGAUCAUGUUUGCAGCAGGAAACAGUUCCCCUGUUACACUCAACAGAUUCUUACAGAACACUGUAAUGAAGUUUGGUUCUGCAAAUUCUCUAACGAUGGCACAAAACUCGCAACUGGCUCCAAAGACACCACGGUCAUCAUUUGGCAAGUGGACCCAGAGAGCCAUCAGCUGAAGCUUCUGCGGACUCUUGAAGGACAUGCAUAUGGUGUGUCGUAUUUAGCCUGGAGUCCAGACGACACGUACCUGAUCGCCUGUGGACCCGACGACUGUUCAGAGCUAUGGCUCUGGAAUAUUCAGACGGGGGAGCUGCGGACCAAGAUGUCCCAGUCCCAUGAAGACAGCCUGACUAGUGUAGCCUGGAACCCUGACGGCAAACGUUUUGUCACUGGAGGACAAAGGGGACAAUUCUAUCAGUGUGAUCUGGAUGGUAACUUAUUGGAUUCGUGGGAGGGAGUAAGAGUGCAGUGCCUGUGGUGUCUAGGUGACGGCAGGACCGUGCUGGCCUCAGACACUCACCAACGAAUCCGAGGGUACAACUUCGAGGACCUUACAGACAGAAAUAUAGUGCAGGAGGACCACCCUAUCAUGUCUUUUACUGUUUCAAAGAAUGGGCGAUUAGCUUUGUUAAAUGUAGCAACUCAGGGAGUGCACCUGUGGGAUCUGCAAGACCGGGUGCUUGUGAGAAAAUACCAAGGUGUAACCCAGGGCUUCUACACCAUCCACUCCUGUUUUGGAGGACACAAUGAAGACUUCAUAGCCAGUGGCAGUGAAGAUCACAAAGUGUACAUAUGGCAUAGACGUGGCGAACUGCCCAUUGCAGAACUAACAGGCCACACACGUACCGUUAACUGUGUGAGCUGGAACCCUACAGUCCCCGGACUCAUGGCUUCAGCCUCCGACGAUGGUACAGUCCGCGUCUGGGGGCCCGCACCGGUUCUUGAAACACAGGAGACCGACGGACUCAACGAACACUGCAGUAAUAUGGACAGUUGA